GAGCCGGGCUCCUGAAUUCACCUCCCGCCAAACCAGCAGCAGGACGCCGGUACCAUGGAACCUGCUGCCCCUCCGGACUUUUUUGUUGUACCGCCCGUGCGCCAGACCUACGCGACGGGCUUCUUCGGCGCCCGCGCGGUCCCGAAGAUGAAGAGGCGGCGGAAGCAGUGGAAGUGGCGCAAGUCCGCGCUCGCCUACUUGCUGCAGCGGCCCGAGCCCCCGCCCCCGCGCCGGGCCACACCGCCUCCCCCAACUCCCACCGACGUGAGCUUCCUGAUUUGGCCGGUACGCCAGCGCUGGUCCAGGCCGUUCUACGACUUCCCGCCGACCGCGACGCACUUCGUGGCUGCCCCGUUCGACAUGCUGGACUUCUUCGCCAUGACGCGCAAGACCCUGCGCAUCCGCGCGGAGCUACGCGCCGAGCGCCUCGGCGACGGGCCGCCCGCGCGCGCGGCGCCGAAGCGGCCGCCGAAGCGGCCGCGCGGCGACCCCGACGCGACCGACAGCGACGACGACGACGAGCGGGACGACACGUGCGCCUGUUGCGGCGGCACGACGCUCACGGCCGCGGGCCUGGCGAUGGAUGAGGUCCUCGUCUGCGACAACCGGCAGUGCGAGGCGGAGGUCCACCUGUGACACUGUGUGGAAAUCAAAUUUUGGGCGCUCCACGCCAUCGACGCGGCGUCGUCCCCUAACCUCACUGCGUGAUUUCCACACAGGUCGUGCACGGGACUAGACAAGGUGCCCGACGGGGACUGGUACUGCCCGGACUGCGCGCCGCGGCCGGAGGACAAGUGCGUGCUCUGCCUGGCGUCGACGGCGGCCAACGACCCGAACAGCGUACUGAUCUGCGACGAGUGCGACGGCGACGCCCACCUCGAGUGCACGGGGCUCGCGGCCGUCCCCGGCGCCGAAGAAGAAUUCACGUGCGCCAUUUGCGCGCGGCGGGCCGUGCGGCGGGCGGCGCGGGCGGCGCGGGCGGCGCCCAAACGGCGCCGCCGCCGCCCGCGGGUAUGGAUAGAAGAGAACCGGCCGCCGGCCGAAGUUGGCCCGCCGAUCGCGCAGCCGGGCUGGCCCUUCGUCGUCAAGCCCGACGGCGACCUGACGCGCGUCGCGGCCGCCCUCGAGGAGUGGCGGGCGCGCCUGCCGCGCGAGGCGACCAGGCGCCGCACCCGGAGCGACUACUCCAGGCCCCAGAUUCUCUACAAAUGGGACGCCACGUCCGGCGAAGCGCGCGGAUGGUUCCCGGGGCGAAUCACGCGCGCGCUCGGCGCCGGCAAGGAGUACAACUUCGAGAUCGACCUCAGCCGGCGCCGGCGGGGCUGCCCGAUUCCGAAGGAGAGCGUUUCGACCGUCGACGCGGCGGGCGAGCGGCGCGACGCGCGUCUCGCCCUGAACAAUUACGGCACGAAAUGGGUCUGGAUCGAGGACAGACGCCUGCCGCGCAGCGACACCUGGCUCGCCGCGGAGGACGUGGACGUCGGCGAUCACGACGCCGUCGCGGCGGCGAUCGAGCGGUGCGCGGGCGAGCACGGCGGGCUCACGACGCUCAACCUCGGGCUCGUGACGCGCGGCGGGAAGGACGGCGUCGGCGCCGACACGGCCCGCUGGCCGUACCUCCUGCAGCUGCUACUCCGCUACUUUGCGCGCUGGGCGCCCAGCGACGCGCUGUGCAGCUCGGUCUACGUGUGCUUCGGCGACGGCAGCUACGACCGUCGGACGAGAGGCCUCCACGUCGACGAGUUCAACGUCGCGGAGUCGCGGCUGAUGGCCGUCGGCGACUUCGCCGGCGGCGGCCUGCGCCUGCCGGCCCGGGAGGCGGCGCCCGUCGACGUGCGCCAGAGGGCGAACCUCGCGCGCGGCGGCGACGGCGGGCCGUUCUUCGUCUUCGACGCGAAGCAAGAGCUCCACGGCGUCGAGCCGUACACCGGCCGGCGCGUCGCCGUCUCGUUCUACACCAUCAAGGAGACGAAACUCCUGAACGACUACGGGCGCGCGAGCCUCGCGGACCUCGGCUUCCGCCUCCAAGGGUCCGUCGACGCCCCCGUCGUCACCCCCCCCGUCUCGCCCGCGCCGCCGCACUAAAAACCCGGU